CGGGUCAGGCACCGGGCUUUCCAGGCCAACCUUGGCAACUCAGACAGUCGUCCCCCUCCGGCACUGUAAGAUCCCAGAGCUGCCUGUGGAGAGGAGUGUGUUGUUUGAGCUUCAACUCUUCUUCUGUCAUCUCAUUGCUCUGUUUGUCCACUACAUCAACAUCUACAAAACAGUGUGGUGGUACCCACCCUCCCAUCCUCCUUCACACACGUCACUGAACUUUCAUCUUAUUGACUUCAACGUGCUGACAGUGACAACAAUUGUUCUGGCACGCCGGCUGAUCAGUGCUAUUGUGAAGGAGGCCUCACAGAGUGGCAAGGUCUCCCUUCCACGCUCUGUUUUCCUGGUGGUCACUCGAUUUGCUGUUCUCACUGGCACAGGCUGGAGUUUGUGUCGAUCGAUAAUUCACCUUUUUAGAACCUACUCUUUCCUUAAUCUCCUGUUCCUGUGUUACCCGUUUGGCAUGUACAUUCCCUUCCUUCAGCUCAACUGUGACUUUCGAAAGACGGGGCUCUUCUCCCACGUGGCCAGCGUCAGUCCCAGGGAGAGCAGUGAGGUGACCUCCAGGAGCCGAGACUACUUGAGUGUCCUGAAGGAAACAUGGAAGCAGCACACUCGGCAGAUGUACGGCAUGGAGGCCAUGCCCACGCAUGCCUGCUGCCUCUCCCCAGACCUCAUCCGCAACGAGGUGGAAUACCUGAAAAUGGACUUCAACUGGCGGAUGAAGGAGGUGCUGGUGAGCUCCAUGCUCAGUGCCUACUAUGUGGCCUUUGUGCCGGUCUGGUUUGUGAAGAAUACUCAGUACUAUGACAAACGCUGGUCGUGUGAGCUCUUCCUCCUGGUGUCCAUCAGCACAUCAGUAAUCCUGAUGCAGUACCUCCUACCCGCGCGCUACUGCGACCUGCUCCAUAAAGCCGCGGCGCACUUGGGCUGCUGGCAGAAGGUCGAUCCAGCGCUCUGCUCCAAUGUGCUGCAGCAUCAGUGGACAGAGGAGUGCAUGUGGCCACAGGGAGUGUUGGUGAAACACAGCAAGAACGUGUACAAAGCUGUGGGUCAUUACAAUGUGGCGGUACCCUCGGACGUCUCACACUUCCGCUUUCACUUCUUUUUCAGCAAACCGCUGAGAAUACUCAACAUCCUGAUCCUGCUGGAAGGAGCCGUCAUCUUCUACCAGCUUUACUCCCUGAUUUCUUCAGAGAAGUGGCACCAGACCAUCUCGCUGGCUCUGAUCCUCUUCAGCAAUUACUACGCCUUCUUCAAGCUGCUGCGUGACCGUCUGGUGCUGGGCAAAGCCUACUCCUACUCUGCCAGCAGAGACUCAGAGCAGAAGUUAAAUUAAACCAAUUGCACUGAUGCUCAGCUGAUGACAAAACAAAACAAGAGACCCUCAGAGCUUUGUAUUUUUGUUACGACUGCUUUUUUUUUCUUUGAUAACUGAUGUAAUUAAAAGGAAAAAACAUAUUUUUUUACUCCCAA